GACAUGCGCAGUGGGCUACACAGAACGUUCAUAGUUCGUGAUAGGUAUUGGAUUGCACUCUGGGGAAUCUGGAAGUUGAGAAUUAGGCCUACAUUCAAAGAGUUGUACAAAUAUCGGAAAGAAUAGCUAUACGAAGUAGGCCUAGAUCGUACUACAAACGUUACACAAUAAUAACUGUCAGAUAACUGUCCUUGUUGAUUUCGGAGGGGAGAAACAGACAUGGAAGACUUCGGAACACCCCUGGACAAAAACGCUACGGAGUUAACCGUUAUGGACGUUUAUGACAUUGCCGCGGUUGUGGGACAGGAGUUUGAACGCAUUAUCGAUCAGUUUGGAUGCGAGGCUUCACUGCGGCUGAUGCCCAAAGUGGUCCGGGUUCUGGAAGUUCUAGAGGUGCUGGUCACCCGAAACAAUAUCAACCCAGAGACGGAGGAGCUACGGCGUGAGCUGGACAGGUUGCGAAUGGAACGGAAUGACAGAUUGAAGAAAGAGCAGCUACAUCAAAAGGAGUUGGAGCUGGUGGAAGACGUGUGGAGAGGGGAGGCCCAAGACCUGCUGUCUCAGAUCACACAACUGCAGGUGGAGAUUAAGAGCCUUCAGAAGAGCCUCUCCCAAAAAGACUCACCUCUGACUGAGGACCUGCAGAGACAGGAGGGUGUGUCAGAGAGAGAGUGUCAGGUGAUGAAGAAGCUAAAGGAGGUGGUAGACAAACAGAGGGAUGAGAUCCGGGAUAAGGACCAUGAGCUGAAACUCAAGAACGAGGACCUGGAGGCGCUUCAGCUGCAGCAGCACCGUCUGAUGAAGAUCAACCUGGACCUGCGACACAGGAUCAGUGUGGUAGAGGCUCAGGGCAAGGCAGCGAUCCAACAGAAGGCUGAGCUGGAGGCUAUGUCCCAGGCGCGCCAGCAGGAGCUCGGGGCCCUGCGUCGGGAGGUGGCAAGGCUGAAGGAGGAGCGCAAAGAGUGGGAGCUGAACAUGAAGAGGUCAGCCGAGGAGGAACCAUCCCCCUCAAAGUCUGUGAUGACAGUGCUUACACCAGUAUCGGCCAAGUCCUUGGUACUAGCAUCAGCAGCCUCCAUCGUACACAAUUCUUUUUGGGCAGAAUGCAGAAGUGACCAUGAAUUCCUGGCACAGUGCUUUGAGUCAGAAGAGAGCCCUCCUGUCCUCUCGCUGUGUGACAAGGACCAGGAGGAGGAAGCUGAUGUCCUGGACCAGAAGGAGUCCGACAGGCCCCACUUCACCCUCGAGGAGCUACGGGACGUCCUGAAGGAGAGGAACGAACUCAAAGCUCAAGUGUUCAUGCUGAGAGAGGAGCUCAUCUAUUACAAAAGUGAGGAGUUGGAGAAUGAGAUAUACGGCAUCAACUUGGAUCCAUCACUUCAGUCACAGCCUGCAGCCACUGAACAGCCUGACUCAGGGAUCAAACGUCUGUUUAGCAUCUUCUCUGGAGAAAAGAGGCGACCAGAGGAAGUGAUUUGUUAUUUGCACGCAGAGCAGGCUCAGGAGGCACUGAAGCAUCCAUAACCAGGGACCUACACUGAAUGCACAAAAUAUUAGGAACACCUGCACUUUCAUGACAUAGACUGACCAGGUGAAUCCAGGUGAAAGCUAUGAUCCCUUAUUGAUGUCACCUGUUAAAUCCACUUCAAUCAGUGUAGAUGAAAGGGAGGAGACAUGUUAAAGAAGGAUUUUAAACCUUUAGAUAAUUGAGACAUGGAUUGUGUAUGUGUGUCAUUCAGAGGGUGAAUUGGCAAGACAAAAUAUUUAUUUGCCUUUUGAACGGGGUAGGGUAGUUAGUGUCAGGCGCAUCAGUUUGAGUGUGUCAAGAACUGCAACGCUGCUGGGUUUUACCAUGCUCAACAGUUUCCUGUGUGUAUCAAGAAUGGUCCACUGCCCCAAAGAACAUCCAGCCAACUUUACAACUGUGGGAAGCACUGGAGUCAACAUGGGCAAAAUCCCUGUGAAUGCUUGACACCCUGCAGUCCAUUGAAGCUAUUCAGAGGGCAAUAAGGGGGUACAACUCCAUAUUAGGAAGGUGUUCCUAAUGUUUUGUACACUGAGUGUAUAAUGUCCCAUGCUGGUGGUCUCCAAGUAAAAACAUGAAGAGCUUCAUGCCAAGAGGGAUUGUCAGGACAGAGUUGUCUUGUGGGGACAAUGGAGAGAUGGAUUCAGGAGAGAAUAAUGUGCAAUCUGAGAGAGAUCCUGUGCCUUUUGAAUUCAUUUUUAGUUGUGCAGACUAUGGUGCUUUAUACUAGCAAUAAGUAUUAGUGUAACUUCAGAGAUUGCUCACAUGUUUAUUUUAACUAUAAAAGCAAACUUAUACCAAGUCUGAUGAGGCCCCAAGUAAGACAAAAUAUAUUGAAGGCAUUUUGACGUGAUAUAACUAUCGGCCAUAUUGAAAUUGUAUUUAUGUUAAGAUUUUAUUUUGACUAUGCUGCACUUGAGUUUCCUAGUGUCUGAAUAAAAAUAUGGCAUAUUGUUGA